UUAUGUGGAUAAUUACAAUCAGAUAUAUAGUAUAAAACGUUCAUGAUAUAUAGUAGCAUAGGCAAGAAUUGUUAGCAAAAUUCAAUUUCAAGAUCCUUGGUGAACCAAGUAGUGGUAGAAAAUGGUGAUGAAUCGAAGGAUUAUAGAACAUUUUUUGAUUGUGCUAUUUCUAUGUUUGAUGAAUUAUGAUGGGGUUCGAGGCAAGCCUCCAAUUAAAACGAUUAAGACGGAAUAUGGUGAUAUAUUUGAUUGUGUGGACUUUUAUGAUCAACCAGCAUUUCACCAUCCUAAAUUGAAGAGUCACAAUUACCAUCCUCAGAUGAAACCCUCUUUGUUUAUGAUGAAAGUGGUUGAUCCAUCGAAAUCGAUAACCGAUACGUUGGAGUCAAUGAAAUUACCCGAUGGAGGUUGUCCUGUUGGAACAGUUCCUGUCAGAAGAUUCACUAAAAAAGAUUUAACAAGACAUAAGCUUUUGCCAGAACCAGAAGAUAACUUUGUUGCUAAUGGAAAUAACUUCAAUGAUUCCAAAGCUAGAAGGAAAAAACCUUUGAAAGGUUACAAUACGGCUAUUGUUUCAACAGUAGACAAUCCAAAUAACAAGUUUGGUGGAGCUUCGAUGAUAGCUGCUAUAUAUAAUCCUCGUAGCACAGGUCAACAACAUAGUGCCUGUCGUUUGAAGCUUAUAAAAGGAAAAAAUAUUAUCCAAGUGGGUUGGAGAGUUGACCCUACUCUAUAUGGCGAUAAUAGGACUAGAUUAUUCAUACAUUUCAAUGAUGGUACAAAUUCUUGUUUCGAUUUGUUAUGCCCUAGCUUUGUAGUUGUAAGUGAAUUAUCACCUUUUGGUCAACCAUUUCGUCACAUUUCUGAUAUUCAUGGAGAACAUUUUGACUGGGCAUUUCAGAUUAAAUGGGACCAACAGAAAGGGAAUUGGUGGCUAUUUCUUCAACAUAUGACUGACCAAUAUAUACCAGUUGGUUUUUGGCCAAAAGAGGUGUUUGAUGAUUUUGGAAAUUAUGCAACAAGAGUUGAAUGGGGUGGUGUUGUGUAUAGUCCAGCUGGGGUACUUUUACCACCAAUGGGUACAGGGAAUUACCCUAUUAUAAAAAGUGCACUAAGUAUUGCAUAUUGCAGAAAUAUUGCCCUAUUAGAUGAUAAGGGUCAAUACAUUGAUAUAUCUAAUUCUAAUUUGCCAACAACUUCAACAAAUUCUUUGUUGUAUAGUGUGGCAGAUUACCCAAAUUAUGGAUUGGGUUCUGAUUAUAAUCAUACCAUCCUUUAUGGUGGACCUGGUGAGCUCUAAUAAUUGAUUACUUCAAUAUAUAUUCUAUUGUAAUAUUUUGAAUUUGGUGCAAUA